CUCAUCUCUGCAGAGACACUCUCAUCAGCCGGCAAUCAGCUCAGCCCCAUCGCUGAUCUCCAGGACAAUCCUGAGCAGGUCUCCGAGAUGUUCCAAGGCCUACGUGGGCACCGCGAAGUCCCCGAAAGGGAGUGGGAAUGGGAGAACUGGGGACGGAGUAUCGAGACCCUACUGGAGUCACUCCAAUCCCCGGGCCAGCUGAGUGCCGACAGCCUCUUCCACAUCCUCAAGACUCUGGAGCAGAAGAUCAUCAAUUCCAAGAACAUGAACACAGCCCAGGGACAGAAAGUGACGGACAGCAUGAUCAGAUUCCUGGUGAAUAUGAAGCCGCAAGGAGAACUGGAGGAAUUGGCCAGCUGUGUCAUCGUGGCUGUGGGAGCCCAGUGCCCGGGAACCAUCAUCAUGAAGCUGUGGGACAAGGUGCAGCUGCAGAGCUUGCCCCCUCGGGGCCUGCUGUUGGCUAUGGCGAAGCUUAGCGGCAAAAUUGUCAUGGUGCCUUAUAUUGGAGCCGCGUGGGACUGCAUCCUGCCCAUCCUGCGCAAAGCCCAGGCUGAGGAGGACAUGUUGGCGCUGUGCAGCUUGCUCCAUGGAUUAGCUGCCAGUGCCCACCAGCAUUUGGAAAUGGGCAACGAGAAUGAGUUCUUGUUGGACUUCACGCCCGAAUCAGUGGCCAUCAAGGCGACCUUGACUCUGAGGGUGCUCUUCAACCGUUGGCCCCUGAAGCAUAAGAACAAGGUGACGGAGGCUACCCUGGACAUGCUGGGCAAUCUCUUCUUCCUCAUGCGGCCGGAGAAGCUCAAGUGCCAGUUGUCCUGGCUGAUCCGGCGGCUGUUGGACCUUUCCAAGUUGGGUUUGGAGCCUGUCUACAUUACCAAGUGUCUCUGCUCCCUUCUGGAAGCCAUAGUAGCCAGCGGGAGUGGGAGCGUGAACCUGACGUCCCACCUGAGCAGCCUUCUGACUCUGCUGUCUGCACAGGUGGCUGCUAAGGUGGUCAGCUCGGCCCCGCUGGCGGAGAAGAACCACAACAUGGCACUGAAGGCUUUCCGAAUCCUGACCCAGCUGUAUAACGAGCGCAUGAUCAAAUUCCUCCAACGAAACUUCGAGAACAAGGACGUGACCCGAAUCAACAAGGCACUCCAGAUUUUCCGGUACGUGGUGCUGGAAGUGCCCCAGACAGAGAAGCUGAUGGUGCAGGUGAUGCCGUCCAUCAUUCACCUCAUUCAGGACAACAAGGAGCCAGUGAGGAGCAACCUGCUGCAGCUCAUCGAGGCCCUUGGCCAGGGUGGAUACUUCAACCGGCCCGAAGGGGAGUUGAUCCUGGACUAUAUCCUCCGUCUCAGCGUGCCCAAGCCAACAGAAACUCAGAGAGAGAUGGAGAGCCGUCUUACAUCCAACAGCCUUCUGCAACUGGUCUCCCUGCCCAAGCUGGUGUCCCUGCUGUUCCAGCCUCAACAUACGGCAGCCUUCGUGCCCCUCUGCAAGACGGCCACCGAAAUAGCCCUGAGGGCCCGGGCCUCCGGCGCCCCUCCCUAUCUCAGCUAUUUCCACUGCCAGCCCACCACGCUCCCGUCUCCACAGAAGCUCCUGACUCACCUCCUGUUACACGCCCUGGACCCGUUCAGAGAAGGGGAUUUUGGUUCCGUCUCCCUGUGGCUGUUGCAUUCCCUUCACCCCCUCAAUUCCGCUCACCCCGUUCUUCACUACACCUUGGGCCAGCUGUGGUUACAAGAGAUCCCGCAGCUGCAGCAGUUCCUGGAAGAGCACAGCGAUGGAAGCCUGCAGAAAAAGGAGUGGGAGAAGAAGCUACUUCAAUUUGCAGGCCACUCGGUGGAGGGCAUCGCCGAUGACUCUUGGCUGAAGGACUUAUGCGGCGUCAUCCUGGAGCGGAUCCAGUGUCAGCAGGAGCCGGCACAGAGGAAGACCUUCCUAUACAAGCUCUACGGCUCUACUCUGAGGGUGGCCCAGGACCCUGAGCUGGUGAAGACCUUGUUGGCCGUCAUGCUGAGCACUUCCCACACCAAGGAGAUUGAGAAACAGGGCAUCGCUGCCACUGUCAGUCUGGUGGCCACCCAACACCUCAGCGUGGUUCUCAGAGCGCUGCAGAACUUCAGCUCCCCGCUCACCAACGAGAACCAGUCCACCAUCUGCAAGCUCAGCAUUGAUCAGCAGCAGCCGGAGUGGAGGAGCCUCUGCCACACCAUCUACCUGUGCUACAGCCAAAUGGCUGUGGAGACCCAGACAGCUAUCCUGCCCCACGCCGACCUCAUCCUCACCCACAUGUUGGAACAUUUCCACAGCUGCAUUGUGGUCAAGGACAAAAACCUGAAGCUUAAUUACCUGAGUGGCCUGGCCAUGUUCACGGAAGUCGUGGGAUCCCUGGACCACUGUAAACACUUUGACUUCCCCCACAAAACUUCUGUGGUGGCCUCCAUGAUGGACCUGAUCCGUGAGGAACCAUUGACAAAGCUAGUCAGUCCUGUGCGGCAGCAGGCAAUGACUGUCAUCUACAUCUUCAGAAAGCUGAAGCCCCCUUUGAUAAUAGAGGAGAGGGUGGAGGUACUCAAGACCUGUUUCACCAGCGUCUUGUCUCUCCCUCCGGUGGAUGUGAUGGUGAAGGAGGCGUCCAGCUCCCCGGGUUCCCCAGACACCAUGGCUCUGUACUCAGAUACUCUGCAGGCUUUGAGAAAGAUGCUGGAAGGACUGGUCAUGGAAUUGCCAAGUCGUAUCCAGAACUGCUUGGAAAACCUGGACCCCUGGCUCAACUCCCAGAAAGACCACGAGCGGGAACGGGCCAUGUGGUGCAGCGUGCGCAUCCUCAGCUUCGCGGCCAAACCGGUCAACUUCAGCGAAGUGAUGGAGUUCAGCAGGUUGGGCCGACUCGUGCGGCUCCUGGCCAUGCGUUGCCAGGACCCCGUGGACAACAUCAGCUAUCUGGCCUCCCAAGCAGUCUACUACUUGCACUGCAUCCUUCUGCACAAGAAGAGAUUGGAGCGGCAACAGAAGGGGGAGCGAGUCGAGGGAUCCAAGGAAGAGGGUAUCUACAGUCCAUCUGUGUUCUUCAACAACACACCCGAGAUUGCCAAGGCCUUCGCAGAGUACUUUACUCCAAACCAGCUCACCACCCUGGUGCUGACCGCCAUAGAUGGCCUGACGGACAGCCGGCCCAAGGUCUCCCUGGCAGCGGGGCAACUGCUCAGAUCCAUCCUGCAGGAGCGGGGAAGAGACGUGCUGAAGAUCGGAGACAUCGUCAACAGCAUCUAUGAGCGGCUCAGCACCCUGGUGGACUUGGCUUCUCGUCAGGAGGUGCUGCGGGCUGUGUGUGUGCUCGCUGGUAACAACACCCCCAAAGUGGUGCCCACCCUACUGGCCCGGCCCCUGCCCUGGGACAGCACCACGAUGGAGCUGUGGAGGGGGCUGGGUACCCGGCGGGAGACCACGCUCAACGUCCUACAGAUGCUCAUGGCCAUCCUGGAGGAGCCCCGCAGGGAGGAGGCCGAGAUCUCCAUUCAGUCCGUGGCGGUGACAUGUGCCCUGUGUGAGAUGCUGUCGGGCCCCGAGUGUCAGGCGGCCGUGCAGGAGCUUUAUCCCCGCCUUCUCCUGGCUGUGCUCAACCACCUGAACCAGGUCAUCCAGCAGGACGUCCCCCCGUGCAUGGUGGUGUACCACAAAGAGGGGCCCUCCGGGGGCCAGGGCAAGGUCUUUGAUCCCACCAGCUGUGCCCUGGAGGUCCUGAAGACGCUGCUCCUGGCUGCAGAGUACCUGGGAGUGAUUGAUCACGUUGACCAUCAUCGGGGUUGGGACCUGCUGUCCAGCCCCAGGGACUUCUAUCUAGGGGUCAUAGAGCUGACGAGUGGCAUGGUGAAGAGCUGUGCCCCCCGCAUCCUGCUCCGCAUCCUCAACCAGAUCCGGCCGCUCCUCAACAGUCAGAAUGUGCAGAAGCAGACCAUGGCCAGGGCCUGCUUUGCUCAGCUCCUGUGGCACCGCACCGUGGCCGAGACCCCGGAGCAAGACUUCUUGGCCCAGGUGAUCAAGUGGAUGAGGGAGCCGAGCCCCAUCAUGAAGGAAGUCGGGCUGCGGGGCUUCAGCAACCUGGCGCUGCACCCCGGGAAGUGGGCUGCCCUGCAGGGGAUGCUGCCCUCUCUGAGGGGCUUCCUGAAGGAGGAGGAGCGGGUGACCAUCCAGGCCGUGAAGGGGAUGCGCAAUGUCAUCUGCACUGGCCAAGGCGAGGAGACCAAAGUGGCCUUCUCCAGCAUCUCCCAGCAACUGCGUCCGCUCAUCAAUGAUGAGCGGUGCAGGGUGCGCAUCUCAGCCACGGCGGCUCUGGCCCGGAUGCUGCACUGCGUGUACAAGUUCAAGCCGGGCUCCAAGCUGCGCAGGGAAAUCUAUGGCUUCAUGGUGCCGCUGAUGCUCAGCAUGCAGGACAACAACCUCGAAGUGGUCAAGGCUUGUGGAGGGGCUCUGACGGCGCUGGCCCGGGUGAUGGGGUGGACGGCCCCUAUGCAAAUGUUCCAGCACAUGACCCUGAGUGACCACUUCCAGGUCCUGGCGGAAACAUGCAAGUACCUGACCGUCAAGCACUGGGACCUUGUCGGGGAGUUCCUGCUGCAGAGCCUGGCCUUCCUGAAGAGCCCCCAGCCUUUCCUGAGGGAGGCGGCGGCCAGCUUCAUCGGACUGACCAUCAAGAGGAUGAGCCUCAUCCACGUGCAGGAGGAGGAUGUGGAACUGCUGAUCAGCUCCCUCGCGGCUCUGAAGAACGAUCCCGUGGCCACCGUCCGUGCUGUGGCUGUUGCGGCCCUCAGGAACGUGGACCUGGCCGCGGCGUGCCCCAGGUGGCCGUCUCCCGGCUUCGGCGCCUCAGCAACCGCAUCUUCCAAGGCUCCAGCCUGCGUGCGCAUCCCAAGAAGCGGCUCUUCAAAAGCCACCUCCAAAGCGAGCCCUCUGAUAGGCUGGGCAGCAGUUUCAUGAACUGCCUUAGGAGCUGUUUUCCGAGGAGCUGGUGGAGCAGAGGUCAGAGAGUGGCGGAGGCCCAAGGGACUGAGACAGGAGUCCGGU